CGUCAGACGCACAUUCGGAAAAGAAGCGCGAGUGAAGAUGGCCUGAGCAGUCUCCACACUGUGUUUAUGAAGUUUACGAAACUGAGACUGUUUUAAGUGUUUUAUUUUUUAAAUCAGGAUGUCGUUGCUGAAACCCUUCAGUAAGCUGCCUGGUUUGAACACAGCGAACAUCUUGCUAGUGGAAAGUGAGGAGCAGUUUCAGCAGAAUUUAGCAGAUACUCUGGUGGAGGAGACCGCUGUCACCGUGAAUGUGAGACUAGCCAAGAGUCUCCCUCUGCCCAUGGAGAACGAGGAGAGUCGUCCAAGAAUAGACCUGGUGGUGUUCAUCAUCAACCUGACCUCAGAGCUCAGUUUUCGAUCAGCAGAAGCUUCCCUGAAAUAUUUGGACCCUGGAUAUUUCCUUGGAAAAGUCUGCUUCAUGGUCACUAAUGCUCGUAACGCUUCAGUCCCCACAGAGCGUCUGGAUGCUGUCAGAAAACUGGCUGCAUCACUCCAUUGCCCCCUGCUGUUUGCAGAGGAUCAGACUCCAGAUGGUGUGACCAAUGCUGCAGAGAGGCUGCUGACCAUCCUUAAGGUGGCAGCCGGUCUUGUUCCCAUGACUACUGCUCUCUACCUGUCCAACCUGACUCGAUGCACCCUUCCUCCAGACAUCGACCAGCCGAGCUUUGAUUAGCUCCUGUGACUGUGAUCAUCCCUGAUUUUGUCAUGUAUAUAUUUAUUCGUAGUGGUGUACUGCAACUGUUGACACAUAGCAAUCAGAUUAGUAUGGUAUUUCUUUGUUAUUCAUUUUACAUUACAUGUUUCUGCUUGGGCUUCUAGCUGCUGGGUUCAUUUGUUUGUUUUUUUAACUGAAGUGCACAUCAUUAUGACUAGAACCUAAUUCCAUACUACCAUUUUGAAGUGUCUUUUAAAAUAAAAUAAUAAUAAAUCACAAUUACCGAGCUCUCUG